UCACCAAAAAGAAAAGCCCUAGUCUUUACGAACCCUCCAAUUUCCAAGGCCCAAUAACUUGGAUAGAUUUAGAAGCUCAAUUUCGGAGUUACGCUGGCAAUCGUGAUUCGUCCUUGUUAUGGUUACUCUACACCAGAUUUAGAUUCAGAGUCUUGACUCUUGCCUUCGGAUCGCGUAACGGAACUUUCUCAAAUGUAUCGCUCACAUCAGUGAACAAAUCCAUUUCAACUUUAUCACUGUGAAAUCGCUUGUAAUAGAGAAGUAGAAGCCUCUGUCUAGGAAAAAUGCAAAGUAAGGGAUCGAAUUACCACCGGAAUGCUGCGGCAGGGUUGGUUUUUCGAUCCCCUAUUUCAGCCUUAAUGCUGUGCACUAUCGCUGCAAUGGCCUCUUUCUAUGUCGCCGGCCGUUUAUGGCAGGAUGCAGAGGACAGGGUUUAUAUGGGUAAAGAGCUUGACAGAAUAACAGGCCAGGGGAAAUCUGCUAUAUCCGUGGAUGAUACAUUGAAAAUUAUAGGAUGCAGGGAACAACAGAAGAAACUGACAGCUCUUGAGAUGGAACUAGCUGCAGCUCGCCAAGAAGGCUUUGUAUCAAAGACAAAAAAUCCUCCUCCUCCUCUGAAGAAGAAACCAUUGGUGAUGAUUGGAGUCCUUACAGGAUUUGGUCGCAAGAACAACAGGGAAGUGAUACGCAAGGCAUGGAUGACAACUGGUGAAGCUUUGAAAAAGAUGGAGGAUGAAAAAGGUGUUAUUGCUCGAUUUGUUAUUGGAAGAAGUUCUAACCGUGGAGACAGUCUGGAUAGGGACAUAGACAUUGAAGAUAAGAGCCACAACGAUUUCUUUAUCCUGGAAAGCCAUGUGGAGGCUCCUGAGGAACUUCCAAAGAAGACCAAAUUGUUCUUUGCCCAUGCUGCAGAAAGAUGGGAAGCUGAAUACUAUGCCAAAGUGAAUGAUGAUGUGUAUGUAAAUAUUGAUGCCUUGGGAAGUACACUUGCAGCUCAUAUAGAUAAGCCCCGUGUAUAUAUCGGGUGUAUGAAAUCAGGCGAAGUUUUCUCUGAACAGGGUCAGAAAUGGUACGAACCUGAUUGGUGGAAAUUUGGUGAUGGGAAAACGUAUUUUCGCCAUGCAUCUGGUGAAAUGUUUGUUAUAUCCAAGGCUUUGGCUAGAUUUGUUUCGAUAAACAGAUCUAUUCUUCGCACAUACGCGUUUGAUGAUGUUAGUACUGGAUCCUGGUUCAUCGGUCUUGAUGUCAAACAUAUUGAUGACAAAAAGUUUUGCUGCACAUCUUGGUCAACAGGGGGCAUAUGUGCAGGUGCAUAAGUUGAUUUAUUUAAAGAAGGUGAAAGAGUGUUAACAGACAUGUACACAACCAAGAUAGAAGGAGAUAUCUAAUGCUUAGGGAAGUUGAACUUAUAGCAACGGACUUUCGUCGAUUCGUAUAUAACUUUAUAAAAUCAGGGUCAACCAUGUCGAGUGAACCGUUUUUCUUGAAUUUGACCAAAAACUUGAUUCUUUUGUUUGAUACAUACAAACUCUAAGAUAUGAGAGUGCUUUAGAAGAGUAUUAUUGUUACUAGAGCUCUUUAAGAAACUUAUUUAUUAAUAUUAAAAAUUUAAUUAUGCUA